UUAGCCACCAACUCAUCGUGUUUAUUUGUCCAUGUACUACCUAUCUCCCAAUAACCCUCAAAUUUAAUUGGAAAUCUUUUUUGGCAUUUCCAACUUUCAAAAAAUGAUUCUAGCCCUUCUAAUGUGAAAUUCCAUUUGUAUCCAAAUGAAAAUUUUCUUAUAGUUUUAGGAGAUACAUUACUUAUAAUCCUUAAUAAUUCGUCUCCAUUAGGAUCUACGACUUUGCGGAUAGAAACAACAUCAACUUUGGGAUCAUAUACAUCCGCUGUAAAGUUUAUUUUUUCUAAUUGUUUACAAUUACAAAAAAUUCUGUAAAUUUCUAUCAAAUUUGUAGGGUCAAUAUUUAUAGUUAACUUUUUUAGAUAUGGACAUUUUUUCGAUAUUGCCACAAUCAGUUGAUUAUUUUGGUCCGGAUAAUCUUCAAACUCAUUAUGUGGAAAGCGUAUUUCAAUUUGUAAAAUGUUCGUACCGGAUUUUUCAAUUAUUAACCUUUCAAUACCACUUGGCAAAAACGAAGUUACAAGGUAUUGAAGAUCCGGAAAAGAAGCUUUAUCCAAACAGCUUUCCCAAUACUUCCAGUUUACGUUAUAAUUACCAAAAUCAUUAUUUAGCUCCAAUGAUUGUAGCUUCACUGAACUUGUAAGAAAUCUUGGAUCUAUGAGGGUAGCAUAUGAUACCAA